ACUACAGUUCCACAAAAAUGUGCAUUGAGAUAUAAAGCAGGGCGGUAAACCGAAAAUUUACCGUUACCGAAAUUCUUCACAAUGACCGACGUAAUUUUGACCAUUUCGGUAAAUUCGGUAAUUUAAUAAAACAAGAAAAUAUAGUCUUUUCAUCCCGCUUUGACUCUGUGUUGUUCGGCUAUGUUCAUUCCCCUUUAAGAAAGCAGACAGUGUGCUUACGUAUGGAGUCACGUGGUUUUCAGGAAGCCAAACAAACAGAAGCCCGGUAGGCUAACGCUAGCGGCUAACGCUACAAGUGAACGAGAUGGAGUCGGUUUUAAGUUAGCUUCGCCACACUUUCACCCGACAUUAAGUAAACUUUUGGCGGGUUCCAGACGGGCUUUCACCCGCUGUCCUCCCUGGUUCUCACGAUAUAGGAGAGGAUGCUUUCAGUUCUUUCUUCUGGUAACCAAGCCCCAGACUAACGCUAGCGGCUAACAGCGGCUACAAAUGAACGUGAUGGAGUUGGAUAGCGGCUCUAACCUUGUCGAAACGGCUGAAAUUAAUGAGUGGACUGGGCACGAACUUAAUGUAGCAAUCAUUAUGUCGCGUUAUUUGGCAUCUCUGUCAUUUCUCUGAAAGCUUUCAUGAUGGUAAAGCACUCAGCAUAAAGUAUAGUCCAACAGUGAAGCCUAUAUACAAUAUGACAGUUUAAUGGCCACAGCUAUUUUUCUGUAUUUGUUUGCUUUAUUCUGCCAUCAUAAAACCUAAAAUGUUUCAUUGGCAUCAGAGCAAUACAGCUUUAAUCUGGUUGUGUCUGUGUGGGGGGUGCAUGUAUUAAAAAAUGUUUUGGAAAAAAAACCCCUGAAACCUUGACGUAAACACUUGUGUUGAAUAAUCAUGUCACAGCAGCUAUUACCAAUACGUUGUCUGAAGUGUACUGUUAAAGCUGCAAGUCAUUUGUGUUAGAAUGACAUGUUUGCACAGUCGUCAUAUUGAUUUUUAUAAUGUUGUACAUUUUUCAAGUCAUACAAGCCGUUAUAAAUGUUCACACUAGAAUUCUUAUUAUUUACAAGAUUUUUUUAAUACUUAAUGUUUAGACUGCAUUUGCAAUUGUUAAAUUGAAAGCUGGUAAAUAAAUUUAACAAGAAAUGGUUAAUUUGUAUUCCAUGCAUUGAUUCAAAUUUUCAAAUUAUAUAACAGUCCGCUUGGGCGAAUUUAUCGUCAUUUAUCGUUAUCGAGGUAAAUCUGCUCAAUUUAUCGUGAUACGUAUUUAAGGCCAUAUCGCCCAGCCCUAUUGAGAUAUCAUGUAGCUUAGCAAUUGGAGGAGUGGGAGAUAUUUUUCCAGUGGGCCCGACUUCCCAAAAAGUACAUUCAUCAAGGUUUCCUUGACUGUGAUGUGUGUCUCCGUCCACCAAACAGCGUGCUUUUAUGAUGUCAGCACUGCUGCUCUAGGACGCAUUCAGAGUUUGCCACAAAACGCUCACUGCCGCUGGGAACACACACUCCCAGGGGGUUUCAGAAUUAUUCAAACUAAAUUUCUCAAAACUCCAGGGCGUAGAACAUUUUGGAAGACGUUUACACACUGAUCUGUGCCCGACCCUUUACCGUGUUCCGCUGGUGUCCUGGAACACGGAUGCGUUUCAAGAAGACUGAAGUCUGUCAGACUUGCAGUAAAAUGAAGAAUGUUUGUCAGACAUGCCUGCUGGACUUGGAAUAUGGUUUACCCAUCCAGGUUCGAGACACAGGGAUGGCUAUCAAAGAUGACAUUCCCCGCUCGGAUGUGAACAAAGAAUACUUUACGCAGAACAUGGAGAGAGAGUUAGCCAAUUCGGAUGGCACACGGCCACCCGGUCAGAUUGGAAAGGCGACCAGUUCUAGUGACAUGUUGCUGAAACUAGCCCGCACAACACCGUACUACAAGAGAAACCGUCCACACAUCUGCUCCUUCUGGGUUAAGGGGGAGUGCAGGAGAGGGGAAGAGUGUCCCUAUAGACAUGAGAAGCCCACGGAUCCCGAUGACCCUCUCGCUGACCAAAACAUCAAGGAUCGUUACUAUGGUAUUAAUGAUCCGGUGGCUGACAAGCUACUCAAGCGGGCCUCAACCAUGCCUAGACUGGACCCACCUGACGACAAGUCCAUCACCACGCUCUAUAUCGGGGGUCUUGGUGAAACGGUCACAGAUGGUGACCUCAAGGGGUUCUUCUACCAGUUUGGUGAGAUUCGUACCAUCACAAUUGUACAAAGGCAGCAGUGCGCCUUCAUCCAGUUUGCCACAAGGCAGGCUGCUGAAAUGGCUGCAGAGAAGUCUUUCAACAAGCUUAUCGUUAAUGGUCAGAGGCUCACUGUAAAGUGGGGAAGGUCUCAGGCAGCAAGAGGAAAGGAGGGUGAAGGAGUUUCUGAGAUGGGCACCAGAUUGGAUCCUGUGCCAGGAUUGCCAGGAGCACUACCUCCGCCACCACCUAUUGAUGAAGAAGCUCCAGCAAAUUAUUUUAACCUAGAUGCGAGUAGCUCACCAGCUGUCAUGAACCUUACUCUGCCGCCGCCCCCAGGCCUCAACCCACCGCCUCCAGGUUUUGGUCCCCCAAUGUUUCACCCCAUGGGCCCCAUGGCUCCACCUAUGCCCCCACCCAUGAGCAUGAGACCUCCAGGUCAAAUCCACUACCCCUCCCAGGAUCCUUUGAGAAUGGGUGCACAUGCUGCACAUGGGGCACGCCACGGUGAUUAGCCACUUGGCUAAAACUCUACUGUGAUUGGUUAUUUUUCCCCCCAUUCCUCACACCUGGUGUCAACCUGCCAGUGGGCCUGGUACCUGCUGUGAACUGGAUGCAAAUACAAAAUGCAGCAAACAGGAUAUUAAAUUUAUUCGCAUCCGCAAUACAAACUGAAACAGUGCGGUAUGUCAAAGAUUUGUCAUUAUGCCUUUUUUCCCCCCAUUAAAACAAUGUUUAAUAUUCCACUAUUAAAUGUUUGAGCAUA